CUCAGGGGUCCGAGAGAUCGGCAUGCUGUUGCCUACAGACUAACCACAUGUGCCUGUAAUUACUGCAGGGCAACGGAAACACACCUCCAGAUCUGCAGGUAUGGACUGUACAGUACAUACAUAUAGGCAUAUAGACAUCCUGUGCAUAGGAUAAUGACCGCCCGGCUCCCGACAUCAACGUCCGGACGAACGCUCCCCGGCGAAUGACCGUCGGAAGCCACCACUGUCAGCACCGCGGGGACUCGUUAACCGCGAUGGCUUUACCCGUACUCCUCAUCGCAUGCUGGUCGGCGCUGGCGGGUCAAGUACUGGCCCGCAACACCUUUGAUCCGCUCGCGUACGUUGAUCCGCUGAUCGGAGCCAGCAACGGCGGCAAUGUGUUCCCGGGCGCCUCGCUGCCGUACGGCAUGGCGAAAGCAGUCGCCGAUACCGACAGCGGCAGCCGGCAGGGCGGCUUCACUAUGGAUGGCGCCGCCGUCACCGGCUUCAGCACCAUGCACGACAGCGGGACCGGAGGGAAUCCGAGCUUGGGCAACUUUGCACUCUUCGCCUACACAAGCUGCCCCGGUGGCGACAUCAACCGAUGUGCCUUCCCCAAGAAGACGCGUGCUGCCUUUGGACGCUUCCGCAAUAGCAAUGUCUCAGCAAAGCCCGGCACCUUUGACAUCACCUUGAACAGCGGCAUCCGAGCCGAGAUGACGACGACUCAUCACGCCUCGCUCUUCAGGUUUACCUUCCCGAGCGACGGGGCUGAUGAGGAGCCAGCCCGACCCCUCAUCUUGCAGGAUCUCACAGAUCUGGCCGAUUCUAGGCAGGAUAACGCUACAGUCGCCGUGGACCCUAAGACGGGCCGCAUCACCGGCAGCGCCCGCUUCCUGCCCAGCUUUGGCGCCGGCACGUUUGUCUUGCACUUCUGCACCGACUUCAAGGGCGCCGAGGUAGCGGACAGCGGCGUAUUCGUCAAUAGUCGGGCCAGCACCGAGGUCCACAACCUGACCAUCUCAAGAUCCAUCAAUGGCUAUCCCCUCCCCGGGGGGGCGUUUGUGAGGUUUAACUCCGGCGCCGAGCCCAUCCUUGUACGGACUGCUACCAGCUUCAUCAGUGCCGAGCGAGCGUGCGAGCACGCCGAGAAGGAGAUUCCCGACUUCGACUUCACUGCCGUCUCCAAGGCCGCAACUGAUGUCUGGAGGGCCAAGAUGAGUCCGAUCAAGGUAUCAACGAAACAGGUGAACAGCUCGCUGUUGACAAACUUCUACAGCGGCAUUUACCGGACCAUAAUCAACCCUCAAAACUACACAGGGGAGAAUCCCCUGUGGUCCAGCAAGGAGCCGUACUUUGACUCAUUCUACUGCAUUUGGGACCAAUUUCGAUCACAGCUUCCGCUUUUGACCAUCACGGAUCCCACAGCCGUGACUGGGAUGGUUCGCUCGCUGAUCGACACAUACCGCCAUGUCGGAUGGCUUCCCGAUUGCCGGAUGAGCCUGAGUAAAGGCUACACUCAGGGCGGGUCCAACGCUGACGUUGUGUUAGCGGAUGCUCACGUCAAGGGACUCAGAGAGGGCAUCAACUGGGACGAUGGAUUUGCUGCGGUGGUUAAAGACGCCGAGGUUGAACCUUACGACUGGUGCUGCGAAGGGCGGGGAGGGCUCGACAGCUGGAAGUCUCUCGGCUACAUUCCAGUCCAAGACUUCGACUACAAGGGCUUUGGUACCAUGACGAGAAGCAUCUCGCGUACUCUGGAAUACGCCUAUAACGAUUACUGCAUCGCCCAGAUAGCCGCGGCUCUCGGCAAGUCUGCCGAGAAGGAAAAGUACCUCGAGUCGAGCGGCAACUGGCAGAACCUCUUCAAGGAAGAUCAAACCUCGAUCUGGUGGAACGGCACCGACACGGGAUUCACCGGCUUUUUUCAGCCACGCUACCUCAACAAGACCUGGGGCUUCCAAGAUCCGCUAAACUGCAGCAAUCUUGACACCGCCAGCGUUUGCUCGCUCCAGAACACUGGCCGCGAGACCUUUGAGAGCAGCAUCUGGGAGUAUGGCUUCUUCGUCCCCCACGACCAGGCAACCCUCAUAAGCCUCUACGGCGGCCCCGCCGCCUUCGUGUCCCGCCUCGACUACCUCCACGACAGCGGGAUAACCUACAUUGGCAAUGAGCCUUCCUUCCUCACCGUCUUCCAAUACCACUAUGCCGGCCGUCCGGCCCUCUCGGCGCGCCGAGCCCACUUUUACAUUCCUGCCUUCUUCUCCCCUACCCCGGGCGGCCUGCCCGGAAACGACGACAGCGGCGCAAUGGGAUCCUUCGUGGCCUUUUCGAUGAUGGGCCUGUUCCCCAACCCGGGUCAGAACGUCUACCUGAUCACGCCACCCUUCUUCGAGAGCGUCAACAUCACGCACCCGCUCACCCACAGGACCGCCCGCAUCAGGAACGUCAACUUUGACCCCACGUACAAGGCCAUCUACAUCCAGAGCGCCACGCUUGACGGCAAGCUGUACACCAAGAACUGGGUCGACCACAGCUUCUUUACCGAGGGCAAGGAGCUUGUGCUGACGCUGGGGCGGAACGAGAGCGCCUGGGGCACCAAGGUCGAGGACCUACCCCCGAGUCUGGGAGCGUAUGAAGGGUUCACUAAGAGGAGUGGGUCACUCCGGAGAACGGCAGCCCCGGAUCUCUGGAGAAAGACGGCGGCUUUCAAGGGGCAGUUUGGAAGCCUCGAGGAGAGUUUGGGCAUGUGAACUUCUCACGGGAGAGCGGGGAAGUAUACGGCUUUAGAGCUCGUGCGAAAUCACAUCCGAGAGUGGCCAUGGCCGGCUUCACACAAGAAACAGCCGCAAUCCCCGGUGUUUGGCUGGUUGAAUGCUGUGGCAGCGUCUUUCGAGGUAGCCUCCGAUUGCCAAGGGAAACGAUGGUCGAAAGCGUAGACCGACUCAUUUAGCUAAGGUGGCCUAGCAUGAUGCUAUCGAAGCAGCCGCCGCUUGUUUCAAUAGCAACGAACGAUAGAGGCUGUGUGGGUAUCUAACUUUUUAAAUCUCAACCCAAUACG